GGCAGCAAAAGCAGCGCAGUUGAGUUUCCAACCGCCAAGCAGAGAAGAAGAAAGAGAAUGGCCGCGCCGCAGCAGGUGCCGAUACGCGCCGCCCCGCUCGCCCGCGCGCUCCGGACGCGCGUCGCCGCCGCCGCCACUUCGUCUGCGAGGUCCCCGGAAGCUUCCCAACGCGCGCUCCUCGGCCUCUCCGAACCGGAGCUCCGGCAGCUCGCCGUCGACCUCGGCCAGCAAAGCUACAGGGGCAAGCAGCUGCACGACCUCCUCUACAAGUCCAGGGCCAAGCACAUCCAAGAUUUUAGCCACGUGCCAAAGGUUUUCCGGGAGGCGUUAGUUGGUGCUGGCUGGAAGGUUGGCAGGUCACCAGUGCACCAUGCUGUGACGGCUUCUGAUGGCACUACCAAGAUACUUCUCAAAUUGGAGGAUAACAGAUUGAUUGAGACGGUAGGAAUCCCGGUCGAUGAUGACAAAGGCCCAUCAAGACUCACUGCCUGCGUUUCAUCACAGGUUGGCUGCCCCUUGCGUUGCUCAUUUUGUGCCACUGGCAAGGGAGGGUUUUCAAGAAACCUUCACGCGCAUGAGAUUGUUGAGCAGGUUUUGGUCCUAGAAGAGAUGUUCAAACACAGGGUGACAAAUGUAGUGUUCAUGGGGAUGGGUGAGCCUAUGUUGAACCUGAAAUCAGUUUUAGAGGCACACCGAUGCUUGAACAAGGAACUAAAAAUUGGGCAAAGGAUGAUAACAAUCUCCACAGUAGGUGUUCCCAAUACUAUAAAAAUGUUAGCGUCUCACAAGCUUCAGUCAACACUAGCAGUCAGCCUGCACGCCCCAAACCAGAAACUACGGGAAACAAUUGUUCCAAGUGCGAAGUCAUAUCCCUUGGAAGCAUUAAUGGAUGACUGCAAGAAUUACUUCCUCGAAACCGGACGAAGGGUAUCCUUUGAGUACACUCUGCUAGCUGGGAUUAAUGACGCAAAGGAACAUGCUGAAGAACUUGCAGAGCUACUGCGUAAAUGUGGCGGUGGUUAUCAUGUGAACCUAAUUCCUUAUAAUCCGAUACAAGGUUCUGAAUACAAGAGGCCCUACAGAAAAGUGGUUCAAGCCUUUGUUGAUGCGCUAGAAGCACGGAAGAUAACCGUAAGCGUUCGACAAACCCGUGGGCUUGAUGCUAAUGCAGCCUGUGGGCAGCUAAAAAAUGAGUUCCAGAAGAAUCCACUGCUUGAAUCGUCGCCUUCCUCAGAGCCCAACCUCAUACCAGCUUGAUGAUGGCCAUGCACAGUGAUUGCAGAUCAUCACACUGUAAAGCUGAUAUUGUUCGUCUUCGACAUUCAAGACUCGAUGUAUUGAAUUUUCAACCGUUAUAAAGUAGUAGAUGAUAUAUUAGUGCCACAUGAGGCUGAUAUAGAAAGAAUCGUUAUGGCAUGCAUAUUGCAUAGAAUGUGGAAUCUGCCUUCCAUUCUGAAAAAAAAACCCUGUUCCUGAGUAUCUAUACGGCAUGUGCCCACAAGAUAGGGAUAUUUCCAUACGGCUUAAUUCUGGGAUGCUCAAAUGGAAGGAAGAUUCAACAUUUCAAUUCAUUUGUGGUACCAGACGUCCAUACAUUUGCUGUGUAUCUUUACUAUAAGACCCUCAGAGCUUGCAAAUAAUGUACAACAAUUUACAG